AUGGGUCGUGGAAAAAUCGAAAUCAAGAAAAUUGAGAAUGCUAACAGCAGGCAAGUCACAUUUUCCAAGAGGCGCAAUGGGCUAUUGAAGAAAGCUUAUGAACUGGGCGUUCUUUGCGAUGCUGAGGUUGCUGUCAUCAUUUUUUCCAACACUGGAAAGUUGUUCGAGUUCGCAAGUUCCAGCAUGCCGCAGAUAAUUGCAAGAUACAAUAAAUGCUUUGAACCAUCUGAUUGUGCAACAGUUGAUCAUCAGCCUGAGCCUUUUCAAGGACCUAAGGAAGAAGACAUUCUCAAGGAGGAAAUUGAGAAGCUUAAGCUGAAACAUUCGCAGAUGUUGGGAAAGGAUCUUGAUGGUUUAGGUCUGAAAGAACUACAGGAGGUUGAACAGCAACUGAAUGAGGGCCUAUCUUCAAUAAAGGCGAGAAAGGAGCGAAUGCUCAUGGAUCAACUUGAGCAAGCAAUGAUGCAGGAGCAAAGGACUUUGCAGGAGAACCAGACUCUGCGCACGAAGAUUGUGGAGCUUGAACAUUUACUUCCAUCAAGUGGGCAUCCAGCUCCAAAUUACAUUGACUACUAUCCAGUGGAGAAAGCAAACAUGCCUGCUAAGGGCCUUACUGCACAUCCUGAUAAAGCCUUAACCUCAGUUGAGAAUGAAGAUUCUGAUACCAACUUGCGUUUGGGGCUCUCUUCUGGAACUUUUGAGAAGAGGAAGGCACCUGAGGCAGCAGACUCUGGUGCUGUCGGUGCACAGAAACGGAAAAGGAGAACCCGUAGCAGUACAUAUGGGAGACAGAUCAAUUGAUUAUUUAACCUUUUGCUACCUCCCUUUGUGAUAGGAAGAAACAAAAUAGACAUAAUGCAGAAACAACUUGAGCUAUAUAUGUAACUUUUGGAUAGGCGCAUGUAGUUUGGCCAAGAGUUGCAUGAUCCUUGGAAAGCUUAAAACAUUAUCAAAGUAAUGAAACAAGUUUUCGUAUUAGUUGUCUUUUUCUGCUGUGUUUCCAGUCUUUCUUAUGGGAUGAAGCAGCUUUGUAGCCAGUAAAAUCUGGAUUUCCGCUCCUUUUCACUGUCCUGAUGUUCUUUAAUUUGGUUUGAAAUCCCCAUUCAGGCAAAUUACAUGCUGGUUUGCGCCGGAUUCGAGUGCUAGUUUUCUGUCAGUU